GUGAGGCUGUCAGUUUGGGCAGUUAACGGGCAGCAGUGAGGCUGUCAGUUGGGGCAGUUACUGGGCAGCCCCGAGGCUGUCAGUUGGGGCAGUUAACGAGCAGCCCGAAGCUGUCAGUUGGAGCAGUUAACGGGCAGCCGCGAGGCUGUCAGUUGGGGCAGUUAGCAGGCAGCCCGAAGCCGUCAGUUGGGGAAAUUUAGGGAGUAGGAGAGUCGAUACAAAGGGGUGAAAUAUAUGAUGGAGGCAGUUAAGCCUAGAGAGAAAGGGAGUAGCGAGGUUGUGAGAGCUGUAUAGAAAGUUAUAGGAUACUUAAGUAUAAGAGUAUUAACAAUUUACUGAUUGUUACAAUUGUGAAGUAAUAUAUUUUAAUAAAUUAUAUUACCCAUUCUGGGUACAAAAUAUAUGAUUGUCAACGUCUUCUCUUACUGUUUAUACGUAGAAAAAUGUAGGCAACGUUACACACUUGUGGCGAUAAUAGUGUUUACAUCUGGAAAUAAUCCUAACCCAGAAGUUGCAUUUAUGGCACACUGGGCACCAAACUAGAACAAUAUUUCUGGCCCUCUUUACAAAUGAAUGGAUGGUGCCAUGGUGCAAUGGUUUCCACUCUGGACUUGCAAUCCGGAGGUGGUGGCAGUUGAAACAAUGGGGAUGUUUAAAUCCGUGCCUCUGUCCACCCAGCAGUAUAAAUGGGUACCACCUCAAUUAGUUGUUCGGCAAGUGGUGUGUGGUGAGGUAAAGUGUAGGUACGCCUACCUAUUCUAAGAUGUCUGGCAAGCAUGAAAGGGUAGGGCCAAAUAUCCUCGAGUAGAUGGCCGUCUGCCAGCAGUGAUUUUUGAAUGCAAGCCACAGGGAUGCACUUUUACUUUCCAACUGAAUCUCUGAGCAAUGUCUUCCCACUAACAUGAUGAGAAAGACAAACAUUUGCCUACCCUAGUUACGGGCCAAAUUGCAGGCAGGGCUCACUCGAGUCACGGUAAGGUCAUUCAUUGGCUCAUCACCAGGGUGAGCGGGAAGGGAAAAGUCUUAACUAUUCCAGUGGGAGCCAUCUGUAGAGCUGGGCCUUGCGCCAUAGUACAUUUAGAGUGAUGGCUCAAAGCCAAACCUCGCCACAUGCCCAUAUGGAAUGAAUGAAAACCAUAAAAAUGCAUGUUUUCAUGAUGAAAUGGGGAUUAUAAAAUGUUCAAAUGUAUUGUGAGGGUGAAACAAGACUAUACAUAAUUAUGUUAUUCUUUAUCAAAAAAAUGUAUUAAUAUUAUUGUGUUAUCCAUUUGUGACUGAUGACAAACUCUUUUCUAAGAAGCGUGUUGUCAAAUGUAAACAUCACAGGCCUAAAAUAAUUCAACAGAAUGCUAUACACAUUGCCUCACAACUGACAUACUGUGUAAAAUAAAACAAGCUGGUAUUUUGUCCAAGUGUCCAUAUUUUCUGAUGACGAUGGCAGAAAAGUAUUUUCAUCUUGCAUUUCUCAAAAAGUAAUUAACAUUCACUGACAAUAAACUUAAAGGAUUUUUAUUUCCAGUAAUAAACCAUUGGACUGUAGUGGUGAGUGAGUGAUUGAUUUAUAAAUGGCUCAUCUUUCAUACCAGGUCCCUUGCCCUUAAAGAGUUUUCUGCAAGUCUCUGCAUGUGUCAUUGAAUAGCUUACACACAUAAAGCACCGACAGAUGCGUACAACUAUUUUUUAAAGACCAAUGCAAAGCACAUACAGGCAGACAACAGCACAAUUUUACAAGUGUUAGCUUGGAGUAACUUUACACAUGUUAACCUAAUUGACUUGCGUUGUAAUUCAAUAAAAAAAAUACGUGUGUUCAUAUGUAGAUAUAAACAAGGCACUAACAGAUCCAUAAAAUGAUUGCUUUAGUACUGAGAGAAAAAAACUAAGCACAUACAAACACACAUACAUGUUGGCGUAGCAUCAUGAACGUUCGCGUUAUUUCACCUGCACUGUAAUCCGCUUAAAACACGUACAUAAUUCCGUGAAUUUUCUUGAUUCCACGAAUUUUUUUUUUGUGAAAACCAAACUUCAAAAUAUCCAGACCAUCACAUUCUAACACACGAGUGCACACAAACACACAUCCACUCACAGGCACACAUGCCAAGGGGCCUGUUUCAAAUUAAAUGUUUAGGCUGGAGGCACAACAAUCGCAAAGUCUGGGUUUUAUUGGGAGCUGACAUUUCUGGCAAAGCCAUUAACAUUCAUAUGGCUAUUUACCCAAAAGUCACCAAUUUAACACAACAGUACCCACUCGGAAAAAACAAAAUGUCCCGUAUGCUCUGCACGACAACAAAGUAACAGCUAGACUUGAUUUCGGAUUUAUUUAUUUUUUAUAUACCUUGAUGUCAGAAAUAUCCACCCAGUGAAGCAAUUGCCCUACUCGAGCCGGGAGACUAGUACGCUGCGCACGUGUGAACUGAAAUCUAAGCGUCAGUUUUAUUGGACUUUCGAGGGAACGGUUGUGUUUGGCGGGUUUUUGUCGAAAUCGACCAGAAGCCAUGGAUCGUGCAUUGUGGACUGCAGCUUGCUUGUUCGGAGUCCUUCUCAGCGCUACAGAGGGCACGGACUCAAACAGACUCCGGCACAGGCGUAACGUUGUGCAGUUUGGCAACAUGAUCGAGUGCCGGAUGAAUCGUCAGCCUUUGGACUAUUACGGCUAUGGCUGUCACUGUGGCUUUGGAGGCAAGGGGGCGCCAGUAGACCCCACAGACCGCUGCUGUCGCUCUCAUGACUGCUGCUACAACCGGGCGAUCACGGCGGGCUGCAACCCCUACAGCGACAUUUACCACUACGCCUGUAAACACGGACGCAUCACGUGCGGUAAUGGGCAAGUUCCGUCUCAGCGAGACUCUGAAGUCAACCUAGAAACGAACGCCCGUUGGACAUACGGAUCAGAAACAUGGCCCACUGGCGAAUUAAAGUGGGACCGAAAAGCUGAAACGUUCGGAAAUGAAAGCGGCGUAGUGCAGACAAUUACUCUACCGAUUAUAUAUUGGUUCGAUAACAAGAAGAUUUUUUUUUGGGCAAAGAAAAUAUAGUUGACCUCUGUUCCCACGUGCGCCGCUGGACGGGAGGUGAUGGACGAGACUUGGUGACGGGAACGUCAUCGUUAGCCGUGCCACGCCAAGCGUGGCUUGUAAGUGGUUCCCAGCCUUCAAUAGGGAGGCUAUUGGAUCGGACAUAAACGUUAAGGGGCCCAAGUAAUCCUUCCUCCACACCUCCGAUGAGCACGGCUGGCUAUGUACGGUGCGAAAGAAGUCCAACAUAUCACACUUGCAUAUAUAACCAACCGCACAAAAAAACCCCGUCGAUCAAAGCGCUGAAGUAGUUCAUUAAUCGGUACUCGCCAUCCCAGAUGAUAACUUUCAUUCCCGCCAAACCCCAUCCACAGACGCAAAGAACGACUGGUGCGAGAGGAAGAUCUGCGAGUGCGAUCGGAGGGCUUCUGCCUGCUUCACGCACGCGUCCUUCAGCAGUCGCUUCGUGGACUACACGGGGCCGUGUCUGGGCACCAAGCCCAUUU